GAAAAAAAAAAAAAGGAAAGAAACAAAACACGGAACCGACUCGAGGGAGGGAGGAUUUCAUUUGAAACCCUAGCCUCCGUCCCCUCCGUCCCUCCAACGUACAAUUUCCGGUGCCAUCUCCGGCGGACAUCCGGUUCCCGCCCGGCUCCCCACCCUUAGAGGACCGGAUCAGCUGCACGAGGACAGAAGAGAAAAAAAAAUGCCUCUAUAUGAUUGUAUGCUUCUAUUGAAACCCCAUGUGAAGCAGGAGGCCUUACUGGACUUGGUUGCCCGAAUAGGAAAACACAUUUACAGACGAAAUGGGGUUCUCACCGACAUGAAGGCUUUUGGAUUUGUUCAAUUGGGUUAUGGAAUCAAGAAGCUUGAUGGGAGGUACUACCAGGGUCAAUUGAUGCAGAUGACAAUGAUGGCUACACCCAACAUCAACAAAGAGCUGCAUUACCUGAACAAGGAAGACAGAUUGCUGCGUUGGCUUUUGGUUAAACACCGGGACACAAAAUAUGGGCUGGAACUUCUAAGUGAGGAUGAGGGGAAACGUGAGCUCAGUAAAUUUUCAUUUUCUCGGAGCAGCCUAUAUGAUGACGAGGACAUUGAUGAGGAUGAGGAUGACGAUGAUGAAUAUGAUGCGGACCAAGAGCAAAGUAAAGAAGAGCAGUGAGCGUAGUGGAUGCUGAAUGAUGCUCUCCUUUUCUCCUUUUACAGGGGGAUCCCAGAGUGGUAUGAUAACUCUAGAGAGUUCAUCUUCCAAAUGGUGUGAUAACUUGGCAAGCUGUGACAUGUAUGGGAAACUCGAGAACUAAGCCAUUCUAGUCAUUGAAUUUUGGCACAUGCACUUUUAAACUAGUCUCGUCAUUAGCAAUAAACAGGCUAUUUUUAG